CAGCAAUUUCUGAGACACGGCAGAUAAACGCAGGAGCACCGCUACAGAGCCAGUAGCAGCUAGAGGCUUCUAGAAACAACGUGCACCGGGCAGUCACCGGCAAACAAACCUGCUCUCCGCUCACAACGUUACACAUUCAAGCUUGUAAAGGCAUUUAGCUGGCCAGAUGGCUAAGUGGGGAGAAGGGGACCCUCGUUGGAUUGUAGAGGAGAGAGCCGAUGCGACUAAUGUCAACAACUGGCACUGGACUGAACGAGAUGCAACAAACUGGUCGUCGGACAAGUUGAAAUCCUUGGUCCUCGGAUUGACCGUGGAUAACGAAGAGGGGAGCUGCGAGGUGACAGAAGUCAGCAAGUUGGAAGGAGAGGCCUCGAUUAACAACCGGAAAGGGAAACUUAUUUUCUUUUACGAAUGGAACCUGAAAGCUACUUGGACCGGAAAGUCAAAAGCAGGAGUCAACUAUAAAGGAACAAUUGAAGUUCCAAACCUUUCUGAUGAGAACGACAUGGAAGAUCUUGAUAUUUCUGUAUCGUUGAAUAAAGACGAACCUGAAACGCCACUUACCAACCUGAUGAAGACAAAAGGAGCUGAGAAAAUCCGCGAAGCCCUCGGAAGCUACGUUGGGUUCUUAAAAACAGAGUUCACACAGGGAAUGAUCCUGCCUACGGCCAACGGUGUGGCCAAGCUGCAGUCCACAUCGCAGUCCAAAUCCAAGCAGGAUAAAACUCAGAUUUCCUCCUCAAGCAGCACAGCUGCUCCAAUCAACACCGGCGUCAAGAUCCCCACCUGUAAAUUCAGCAUGAAAGAAACGUUCCUCACCUCACCGGCUGAUCUCUACAGGGUCUUCCUCAACCAGGAGAUGGUCCAGGCGUUCACACACGCUCCGGCGAUAGUGGACGGAGAGAGGGGCGGAAAGUUUCGUCUGCUUGAAGGAAAUGUUUUCGGUGAAUUCACAGAGCUGGCACCUGAUGAGAAAAUAGUUAUGAAGUGGAGGUAUAACAACUGGCCCUGUGAGCAUUACGCGACAAUCACGAUGACUUUCUUGGACCGGAGCAGCGAGACGGAGCUGAAGGUGGAGUGUCGAGGCGUCCCGGACAACGAGGAGGAGCGGACAAAAGAAGGCUGGAAGAGAUACUACUUCGAAGCUAUAAAACAGACUUUUGGCUACGGAGCACGACUCUUCUGAAGAUGGUGUACUGUAGUGCGGUUUUCAUUUGUUAUGAAUUUUUAAACUUCUUGUCCUUCGAUCUGUCUGGCACAAGAUGUCCCAUUGUAAACUCAUAGCACGAGUUAACGAAAGAGACGAAAUAGGUGAAGGCCAGCCUGUCACCUGUCAGUGUAUGUGUAAAUGUUUUCAUUUCUGAACAUAUUUAAAUCUAGAUUUCUCCCCGUCAGUAUUUGGGUCAGUUGUUCAAAGGAGCGUAAAUGGACUGUGCCUUUGGGACUCUGGAUGGAAAAUGGGUAGAAUAAAGCAAAGAAGAAUCUAUUGAACCACUAAUGCAAAUUGGCCUCCACUUAUAUAAAUAUGUAAUUACUGCAAGAGUUAAAAUAAAUGUUGGGUUUCUUUUAUUUGAAAAUGAUUUCUUACUUAUUUUACUCUUUUCAAGUGUAACUGUAGUGAAGAUGCUUUCAGCCAAGAUGCAUGUUUCAUUUAAAACCGCCGGAUGUUUCCAUUCCAUCUGCAGGUAGCUAGCGUAGCAAACUAAGAGAAACGUUUUGCUAUAUUUGGCUUCCAAAUGUAAAUUUCCAGUAAAAAGUUUUCAGAACAAAAUACAUCUAUUUAUUCAUCACUUCAUCCCUCCACGAUGUAAAAAGUUUAGUUGGUUGGAAUAAACCAAUCCCUGUAUGCUCUUGA